AUGCCGUCGAUGGUCUCCCCUCGCAAUGAAUCGUCACAUAUACUGAACCAGAUUAUCAUAUCACCGUCGGAUGCAGACUACCUGGAUCAAUUAAUACCUUCGAUCAGAGAAUACAGCGUCGGAAAUCGGACGUCUCAGCUGUUACAAACGCUAUCACGGUUCGCGAGCGACAAGGAAGCCGAGAUAGAGUCCAUCUGCAAUGCCAAUCACCAAGAAUUCGUCACUUCGGUCAACCAGCUGCUCCGGAUUCGAGAAGGUACUGUCAGCUUGACAGCCGAGAUCCUAGACCUCAACCAAUCCAUCCAGGCCAGCACCGAACGAUUGGCCGAGCAGAAAAAGGCCCUGGUGGAAUCGCGGAAUCAUAGACAAAACAUCGAUGAAACCUUCCGGGCUAUUCAGGACUGUCUCGAGGUCCUCCGGCUGGCAAAUCAGGUUCACGGACUGCUGGCGAAGAAGAAUCAUUAUGCUGCGCUUCGCGCCCUUGAGGAGCUCCAGGAAGUCCACCUCAAAGGAAUGAGCCAAUAUAAAAUUGCCGACAUGAUUCAGCGUUCCAUUCCAGCGACCCAAAGAGCGAUAGCCGAGGCCGUGAUGUCUGAUCUGAACACAUGGUUGUAUAGAAUUCGAGAGAUGUCACAGUAUCUCGGAGAGAUCGCCCUAUACCAUACGGGUGAGCGGAAAUCACGGCUGCAAGAGAGGGCCGAAAAGAUGCCGUAUCUUGGGCAUUUCAAAUUGAACUCGGCCAUCGAAUUGGUUUCUGAUGAACAUGAGGAGUAUGACCUUUUGCACAACGAGGAACUUCAAGUCGAUUUUACUCCGCUCUUUGAAUGUCUGCACAUCCACCAAUCGUUGGGUCAAAUGGACAAGUUCCGGAUCGAAUACGCAAAUACCCGACGUCGACAAAAGGAGCUGCUGCUCCCUGCAUCGAUAACCCUGAUCGAUGAAGAUCGGUCUAGUUUACACAGUCUCCACAAUCUCCUGGAAGAAAUGGCGGGUUUUGCAAUUGUGGAACGCUCUACGAUGAAGCGAGUGCCUAACCUGAGAUCACCCGUUGACGUCGAUGAUCUGUGGGACUCCAUGUGCCAGGCUGCUAUCACACUGAUAUCAAAUGCCCUGCCGGAAGUUGAUAACGCUGAAAGUUUGUUGAAAAUCAAAAACCUCAUCGCAUUAUUCAUGCAAACCAUGAACACAUGGGAAUUCCCCGUUCGGAUGUUUGAUGAAUUCUUAUUGACCCUGUUCAAACGGUAUGCGGAUUUGCUCAAGACCAGAUUCAGUGACGACUUUCAAGAGAUCGUGUCCACAGAUGAUUAUAUGCCCAUGCCAAUCCAGACCCCGGAGGAGUUUGAUAAGGUCCUCAAUGUCAGUUGGUACAAUCCCGAGAGGCCACGGGAAGAACAAACGAACUUCCUGAAUCAAUUCUACUUCUUUGCCACAGAUGACUUUCCCUAUCCCAGUGUCAUUGACGAAACACUCAAAGAUGCACUGGAUGAACUUCUCUCGGAGCGCGUUUGUGACACGCUCGUGGAGCGUCUUGCCUCUCAAUACCUUGGCCAAAUCGUUCAAAUCCUCAUCAAUCUUGAGCAUUUUGAACUCGCGUGCCAUGAGCUGGAAUUGCUUCUUGCUGCGGCGAGGUCACAGAACUCCGCUGGCGGCCCCGUGGAGUUGAAAGCCACUAAAAAAUUCGAAAGCAAUACGAAGGUCGCGGAAAAACGUAUCUUCGAAGUAGUCAAUUCGAAAAUUGACGAUCUCAUCGAAACUGCAGAAUACGACUGGGUGGCCGCUGUGCCUCCCACAGAACCCAGCAAUUACAUGCAGACGCUCACUCGGUUCCUUUCCAACAUUAUGAACUCCACAUUACUCGGCCUGCCGGCAAGGAUCAAAGAGCUCAUCUACUUCGAUGCUCUCAGUCACGCAGCGAACAUGAUUCUCGCACUUCCGCUUUCCACGGAAGUAAAACGGAUCAAUCCAAAUGGCGUCAUGGCCCUUGCAAAAGAUGUUGAAUAUCUGUAUCAAUUUGUCGAUAGCCUUGGGGUCCCGAUCCUUCGAGAAAACCUCGACGAGCUUCACCAGACGGUACAGUUGAUGCAAGCCGAGAACACUGAUGAAUUUUAUGAUAUUUCUACACGAAACAAGAAGUAUGGCCGUGUCGACGCCAUCAACGGGCCCAUUCUUCUGGAGAAGGUCACCCGCAGUGUUCAACAACAAAGUCCAGUAAAGACUGAUAAGUUUUCAACACUUUCUUCACGAUUUAAGAAGUCCUAG